UACUCCAUGUCUAAAAAUCAUAAAACCAAACUUCUUUCACUGUCCACACCAAACUUGUGGUCCGCAACCACCUCAAAAUUCUUACAUUGAGAGGUCGUUAAUGGCUUCUAUUCUGGUUAUAGGUCCCACCUUUCCUCCAACGCUAGAGGAGAUCCUUCGAAUCUUCUCUCAUCUUUACCUCCAAAAUACAUCAUUUCCCAACUUAUAAAACAUCAUCAAAAAAAAAUUAAACAGAAACAAAAAAUCAAGAACCAGAGAGGAAAAAGAGUACCAAUGAGUUCACACAUUCUUGUAGUUAAUAUACAAACCUCAUGUACUUCACCUCAUGAACGAAUCCCACUUCCAAAUCUCACGUACCUCUCGACUUUCUCUUCGGCAUUUGGUCGAACAUGUGGUGUGCGUAGGCGUAUUUCCUCGUCCAAAUCGACCUCUUCGUUCGCUGUUCAUGCCCCGGAAGUCAGGCGACCGUCUGAUCGUUACAAAAGAAGAUAUGGGCCGCAGUCAGAGUUGGUUAAAGAUUCGAGCUUGGUGUCGAAUGAUUCGUGUUCGGUUUCCAAUUCGGAGUUGGAUUCGUUUCUUGAAUUGUUGCCUUUGGCAAUGAGGAGAGAGUUGUGUAAUCAUGCUGAGAUUGGUGAGCUGAUUGAGGUGGUGUUGGACUUGGGUAGGAAACCUUUAGCUAGAUUUCCAUCUGGGGAUUGGGUUAUUUUGGAGCAGGCUGUGAAGCAUGAGGAUUUAAAGCAUGCUAUUUCAAAGGUUGGAGACUUUUCUGAUGAUAAUCGAUCUGGUAUUGAUAGUUCCCUGCAUCGUAUAAGUGCCAUUCGAAACCGUAAAAUGCAAAUUAUUGGCCUCACAUGUCGGGUAGGUCGAGCUGUAUCUGGAAGUGCUGAAAUUAUUCGUGACUUGGUUGAGGGGGGAGGUUCGAUCCUGGUGAUUGGCCCUCCUGGAGUUGGUAAAACAACCUUGAUUAGAGAAUUAGCCAGAAUGCUAGCAGAUGAUCAGGGGAAGCGUGUAGUCAUUGUAGAUACAUCAAAUGAGAUUGGGGGUGAUGGGGAUGUGCCUCAUGCAGGAAUAGGACGUGCAAGAAGGAUGCAGGUUCCAAAUGUUCAUAUGCAACAUAAUGUUAUGAUUGAAGCGGUCGAGAAUCACACGCCACAGGCGAUUAUAAUCGAUGAGAUUGGAACUGAGCUUGAAGCCUUAGCUGCCAGCACUAUAGCUCAACGUGGAGUUCAGCUGGUUGGAACAGCCCAUGGAAUGACCAUAGACAACAUCAUUAAAAAUCCUUCUUUACAGAUUCUUGUUGGUGGCAUAGAGAGUGUAACUCUCGGUGAUGAGGAAGCAAGGAAAAGGAAAGUGCAGAAGACAAUUCUCGAGAGGAAAGGACCCUCCACGUUUACAUGUGCUGUUGAGAUGAUAUCUAGGACCGAGUGUCGUGUUCAUCACAGACUAGAUGCUACAGUAGAUUCUAUACUGUCAGGAAAAAUACCUCUAUUUGAAAUUCGCCACAUGGAUACUGAAGGCUAUGAUUCUCCGAAGUUCAAUCCAAUAAUUGUUAAUAACCCUAUAGAAGAAUCUGAGGCAAUAGUGAUUCAUGAAGGAAAAGGAGAUGAAGUAGAUUAUGAUGACGAGAAUGAAUAUAGUGCUCGAAUCCACUUUAAAAAUAUCAAGACAAGUGAAUAUGUGAAAAGGAGGAGUUCACCAGUAUGCGUUUACAAUUUCAAGAUCCUUGAAGCUGAUUUAUUGCAAGUGGCAAUGGUGAUGGGGCUCGAGGAUGAGAUAAAGGUGACUGAUGAUAUUGAAACAGCUGAUGCAAUUCUAGCAUCUAGUUCAGAGAUGAAGCAGAAUCCUUGGAUCCGCGGUGUAGCUAAAUUCCACCAUUUGCCAGUAUUUGUAAUUAAGUCAAAUACCAUGGCACAAAUGGUCAAGGCAAUUCGUAUGAUUCUUGGAUUUGAAUCAUUUGGAUCCAAAUCAAAGCAGCCAAAGAAAAGUUCCAUUGACAUAGAAAUUGAAGAUGAUGCACCAAAAAGGAAGCCCACCUUGGAAGAGAUUGAUGCUUUGGAGGAGGUUCGACUUGCAAUUGAAUAUAUUGUUAUUCCUGGAGGAGAGCCAGUGGAGCUUCUUCCGAGACGUUCUGAAAUAGUUGCUCGGCAACUUGAGCUUGUCGAGAGCUAUCAGUUGACAGCAGAAAAUUCAGGCACAGAGCAUAAUCCGAGGCUGCAGAUUCUUCCCCUAAGGACAAGCAAGAAGACUGCUAAAACCAUGAGGUCUUAUGCAACUGUACAAAAGGAUAAGAGCUCAAAAUCAGUGGUAGGCAAUGGGGGAGGUAACGGUGUUUCAAGGCUGCCAUUUCUGCCCCAUUAAUCUCAUAACAUUCAUAUUUCAAGAGUUCAAUCUCUGGUUGAUUCAUAUCAUUUUCUGUACAGUCAUUGUAAAUUAUGUAAGUAAUUCCAUGUCCACGUAGCUGUUUAACCUUGUGAAUUAUGUAUGUAAGUUGAUUUGUUGUCAUUGGCAAUGAAGCCUGCAUAAUGUUCCAUAUCA